CAAGUCAACACACACAUACCGUACGCUUUUGAAUUGUUUGUUAAUCAAUUUAUCGUUGUUUGACACUUAAGUUUACAGAUUUACUAUAAAGAAUGCCUUCGAGACUGGAAGGAGAUGUUGUCAUUCCACAAGACGUCGGAGGAAGACUGAAAGAUCUGGAGCAAGACUUCAACGAUGGGGACCUGACAGAAAAAGGCUACAUCAAGAAGAAAUGCAAGCUGCUGUUUGAGCAUUUAACCGUUGAGAUCCAGUCAAGUUUGAAAGAGUUGGAAGAAGAUUUGAAGGAUGAAAGCUUGACGGAGAAAGGAUAUCUGUCCAAAGUUGGUACACUUCUUACCAGUGCCCUCAAGAAAAAACCCACAACUGCCGUGAAUGGAAAAGCAACCACCCCAUUGAGGAACGGCAAAGCCACCAAUGGGAAUGGUCUCGAGCAUAGCAACGGGAAUGGCCAAUCAGAUGCUGAUCGAGAUGACGCCACCACAGGGGCCACCCAAUCAGAGGAGGAUAUGGAGACAGAGCAGCCCACAAGCAGCAAGAAGGGCAAGAGGGGCAAGAAGGCAACGACAAAUGGAAAGAGGAAAGUCCUAGGGGGAGAUGAAAAGGCCCCGGCGGCGGAGAGCGCCCCCGAAGAUGACAAGACAACUCCACAGUCCGAGUCAGUCAAUGGGAAGCGCAAGAGGUCACCGAAGGUCGAUCCGAAACAGAAGAGCCUUCUGAGCAUGUUUACAAAGUUACCUUCAAAGCGAAAGAGUGAAGAGAUUUCUUCAGGGGGUAGCGGCGUAGAUUCAGAUGAGAAACCCAGCAGCAGUAAUGGCGACAGCUCCCUGGAGGUCAAGCAAGAGAAGGAAGGUCAAGAAGAGAAGAGGAUUAAGACUGAGGAAGAUGAAGCAGAAUCGAUGAAGGAGGAAACUGACGGGUCGGAGGUCAAAGUUGAUGAGUCUGAUGAGAAGCCAAGCUUGCGCAAGAGGCCAGAACCAACAGUCAUUCCAAAAUCACCAGCAAAGCAAGCGCCGCCUCGCUGCAAGGAAUGCCACCAGAUGCUGGACGACCCUGAUCUUAAGAUGUUCCCAGGAGAUCCUGAAGACGCUAGGGAUGAGUUUGUGACUCUAACUGAUCCAAGUCUGUCGUUACUGAGUGGAGAUGAGCAGGAGACCAUGGGUUAUGAUGAAAGACUCCAGUUUAAAAUCACUAACUUCUGUGUUUACGACAAGAACACGCAUCUCUGCGCCUUCGACUCGGGCCUGAUUGAGAAAAACAAGGAGUUGUUUUUCAGCGGAUUUGUCAAACCCAUCUAUGAUGACAACUCGAGCACAGAAGGUGGAAUUCCAACUAAAGCUAUGGGACCCAUUAAUGAAUGGUUUACAGCUGGGUUUGAUGGAGGAGAGAAGGCAUUGAUUGGCUUUGGAACUGCGUUUGCUGAGUAUGUCCUGAUGGCGCCAUCUGAAGCCUACACUCCAUUCUGGAAGGCAAUGCAAGAGAAGAUCUACAUGAGUAAAAUCUUGAUUGAGUUUCUUCAGAAUAACCCGGUGGCUGAGUACGAGGAUCUUAUUAACCAAAUCCAGACGACGGUGCCGCCAGAGAAUUGUAGCAGCUUCACUGAGGACUCUUUGCUUCGUCAUGCACAGUUUGUUGUUGAACAGGUUGAGAGUUACGAUGAAGGAGCAGAUGAAGAGGAGACACUGCUCAUCACAACACCCUGUAUGAGAGAUCUUAUUAAGUUAGCUGGAGUCACCCUGGGAAAGAGGCGAGCUGUGCGUAAAGCAGCCAGGAAACCCAAGGCGGAGAAGAAAACCAUGCAGUCCAUGGCGACAGUUACUCCACUAGUCUCCAAAAUCUUUGACAUCUUCUUUCAAGGGCAGAUUAAGAAGGAGCAGGGCAACAUCAUCCGCAAGAGACGAUGCGGUAUAUGUGAGGUGUGCCAAGCGCCCGAUUGUGGAAAGUGCUCUGCCUGUCAAGACAUGAUCAAGUUCGGCGGGACAGGACGCAGCAAGCAGGCGUGUAUCACUAGACGAUGCCCCAACAUGGCGGUCCAGGAAGCAGAUGAUAACGACGAUACCGAGAACGAGGAAGAGGAGAAUCAGAUCGAUACGAGACGACGAGGUCACAAGACUGCUCUGGAGACCAAGAGGAAGAAGAGGACGGCAGUGGACUGGCUCGGUGAUCCAAUCAAUGUGGAGGGAACCAGGAGCUAUUAUUACUCUGCUCUUGUUGGUGAGGAACAGGUGGACGCCGGUGACUACGUCCUCGUUCAUCCAGAUGACCCAGAACGACCUCUCUUCAUUGCUCAGAUCGUCUAUAUGUUCCAGGAGAAGGGAGAUGAUCUGAUGUUUCAUGCUCGUUGGUUCAUGUAUGGCUCUGAGACUGUACUGGGAGAAACCUCUGAUCCUCUGGAGCUGUUUCAGGUGGAUGAAUGUCAGGACACGUACCUGGCUUCCGUCAGCUCAAAGUGCAAGGUUAUCUACAAGGAGGUGUCUCCAGAUUGGUAUUCCAUCGGAGGAAUCGAGAACCCAGAGGAGGACUCCGUCAUUAAGCAGGAUGACCAUCGUACCUUCUUCUACCAGAAGUGGUAUGACACCGAGCUGGCACGCUUUGAAGACGUUAAGACCCUUAGCAGACCCAAGGGGGUACCCAAGCACAGCUUCUGUCCCUGUUGCCUCAAGGUGGAGCUGGCUCAGAAGCGAGACAGUCCCCAAGCUGGCGAGGAGCUCAAGAAUCCAGAGGGAGACAGCAACAAAGUUUACUACAGUUCUUGUUCUCUUCUUGGAGUGGACUACCGCGUCGGUGAAAGCGUUUUCUUAAUGCCUGAUGCUUUUGACUUCAACAUCAAAGUCAAGGCAGCGGCUACAAAGAAGUACUCAAAGAAAGAAGUGGAUGAAGAGCUGUAUCCGGAGUAUUACCGCAAGACGUCCGAUUACAUCAAAGGAAACAACAAAGCAUGCCCUGAGCCCUUCCGCAUCGGUCGUAUUGUCAAUAUCUUCACCAAGAAAGGCUCCAACGAGGUCAAGCUACGAAUCCAGAAGUUCUACCGCCCGGAGAAUACACACAAGGGGGCCUCAGCAGGGCACCAGUCAGAUCUGAACCUGCUGUACUGGAGUACUGAAGAGGCAACGAUUGACCUAGCCAGCGUGCAGGGUAAACCAACGGUGGUUUGUGGCGAUGACAUACCGGGGUCAAUCCAAGACUACAUCACUGGAGGUCAAUAUCGCUUCUACUUCCUGGAGGCAUACAACAGUGACGCAAAGCAGUUUGAGGACCCACCCCUUGAAGCUCGUAAUACAAGCAGCAGAGGAAAGGGCAAGGGUAAAGGCAAAAGUAAAGGCAAAGGGAAAUCCUCAGAAGAAGCAAAGAAGGUGCCAGAGGAAGAAGAGACAUUCUUCUUCAAGAAGCUUCGAUCACUGGAUGUCUUCGCUGGCUGUGGAGGAUUAUCGGAGGGCUUCCACCAGGCUGGGUUAUGUGAGAGUAACUGGGCUAUCGAGAUUGACGAGCCUGCAGCUCAGGCAUUUAGGCUGAAUAACCCAGGCAGCACGGUGUUUACUGAUGAUUGUAAUAUACUACUCAGAAUGGUCAUGGAGGGUGAGAAGACAAAUGACCGAGGUCAGAGGUUACCACAGAAGAGUGAGGUGGAGGUAUUGUGUGGUGGACCUCCAUGCCAGGGAUUCAGUGGAAUGAAUCGAUUCAACUCCAGAGAGUACUCCAAAUUUAAGAAUUCGCUUAUUUCAUCUUACCUGAGCUACUGCGACUACUACAGACCCAAGUUCUUCCUUCUGGAAAAUGUUCGCAACUUUGUGUCUUACAAGAAGAAUAUGGUACUCAAGCUGGCCCUGAGAUGUCUCGUUCGCAUGGGCUAUCAGUGUACUUUUGGUGUCCUUCAAGCCGGCCAUUACGGAGUCCCACAGACUCGACGUCGAGCAAUCAUCCUUGCCGCCGCCCCUGGGGAGAAGCUUCCGAUGUACCCCGAGCCGGACCACGUCUUUGCCCCCCGGGCCUGUCAGCUCAGUGUCAUGGUAGACGAUAAGAAGAUCAAUAGUAAUAUUUCAUGGUUGGAGUCUGCACCUUAUAGGACCAUCACAGUGCGGGCUGCCAUGUCAGAUCUGCCGGAGAUUCACAAUGGACAUGAUAAGCUGGAGAUAUCGUAUGAUGGGGAGCCCCAGUCUGCAUUCCAGAGAAAGAUCCGUGGCAACCAAUACCAGCCAAUCCUCCGUGAUCACAUCUGUAAGGAGAUGAGCCAGCUAGUAGCUACUCGUAUGCGUCACAUUCCGCUGGCCCCAGGCUCUGAUUGGAGAGACUUACCAAACAUCCAGAGUACACUGCCGGACGGCAACGUCUGCCGUAAACUGCGUUACACGCACAAAGACAAGAAGAACGGCUACGCAAACAACGGCGCCCUCCGAGGGGUGUGUGUUUGUUCGGAGGGUGAGAAAUGCGACUCCAUGUAUCGUCAGUUCAACACGCUAAUUCCCUGGUGCUUGCCACACACCGGUAACCGGCAUAACCACUGGGCGGGGCUGUAUGGGCGGCUGGAAUGGGACGGCUUUUUCAGCACCACAGUGACGAACCCUGAGCCAAUGGGAAAACAGGGUCGUGUGUUGCAUCCUGAGCAGCACAGAGUGGUCAGUGUUCGAGAGUGUUCUCGCUCACAGGGUUUCCCAGACACGUAUCGCUUCUUUGGAACCAUCUUGGAGAAACACAGACAGGUUGGAAAUGCAGUCCCUCCACCAUUGGCAGCUGCUAUCGGUCGUGAAAUCAAGAAAUGCGUCGUCGCUAAGGACAAGGAAGAGAGGAGCAACAGGAGGAAGGAAGAAAUCCAGACUAAGGAAGAGGAUGUGAAGACAGAAGAGGUCAAGAUGGAAUAAGGAGGAAGAAGUCAAUUGGGUUCAGAGGUCAUGUCGGGUUGCUGUUUAAAGGUCUAGGUAUGGGUCAGGAGGGGUCAGAGUUGAAAAUAGUAGAUGUUGAUUAUACAAAUACUCGUUGGUUACUCUAGUUUAUUGUUGAUUUUUUGUUUCUACCUCUAUACUAAUCCUCAAAGAUUUUCACAGGCUUUUCUUUUCUACCUCAGUGUCUUGUGGUCAGUUUAAAGUUCAACUCUUACAGCGAUUGAAUACUACUAGAGUAAAAGAAUCAAAGCUAGUUGAACAUUCCGGAGCUUGGCCCAAUGUCAUAGUGCUGCUAAGCACACAAAUUUGCUUAGCAUGAAGCUUCUUCCUUGAUAAAAACAGGA